ACUGAAAAACCGAAAGACCGAAAGUUAUCCGGCAGCCCGCCUGGUUUGGUCUGAGCAGUUUGUUGAUGCGGGUUUCCAGUUUACUUGUGUUUUCGAUGGCACAUCAUUUGAACUGGGCUUAAUUGCUACCAACAGAAGCAGUGACACAUGCGCGCUUCGCGCGUUUUGCGUGUGAUAUAUGGUUGCCAUGGUUUCCACGUAAUCUAUAUCGCGGCGAUCGCACCGGUCGUGCCCUCAGCCGUGCUUCGGAUGGUUCAGCUUGAGUAAAACACGUGAAAUGUUCGCGAAAACCAUGCGGUGUAGCAAGCGCUCGCUCUACGUUGAACCACAUAAUUUUAUCGCUGGCAAGAAAGUUGCCGCCGUGGAUCCCGUCGGGGAAAUCAAGGUACUGCAACCAGCGACAGGCAAAGUACUGUGCCACGUAUCCUCCUCCGGACCGAAAGAUGUGGACAAAGCAGUUUCUGCAGCCAAGAAGGCAUUUGAACGGUGGUCAGCACUCUCCCAUGGGGAGCGUGGGAAAUUUCUCACGGCCAUCGCACAAAAAGUCAGAGAAAGGCAACAGGAAAUUGCUGAGGUUGAAAUGAUUGACACAGGGAAACCCAUAUGGGAAGCUCUUGUUGACAUUGACGGCUGCGCCGAUGUGCUCGAGUACUAUGGUGGCAUUGCGGCAUCAAUAAAAGGUCAGCAGUUCGAUCUGCCUGGAGGAAGCUUUGCCAUGGUGCGUCGUGAGCCACUUGGUGUGGUGGCAGCCAUUGGUGCAUGGAACUACCCAUUCCAGGUGAUGUCUUGGAAAAUGGCACCUGCGCUCGUCUGCGGCAACACCUUUGUCUUCAAGCCAUCGCCCCUGACACCCCUGUCCGCCAUCCUGCUGUCCGAGAUUUGCCGCGAUGUCGGUUUGCCUGACAGUGUCGUCAAUCUUGUCCAGGGCGAGGGCAAGACAGGUGAGCUGUUGUGCGAGCACCCGGACGUGGCCAAAGUGAGCUUCACGGGUAGCAUAGCUACUGGACAGGCCAUCAUGCGCCGCUGUGCUGACUCUAUGAAGCGCUGCACCCUCGAGCUCGGGGGCAAGUCCCCACUCAUUGUCUUCGCUGAUGCGUCACCCUCUGAAGCUGUGAAGGCUACAUUGCUGGGCAACUUUCUGACACAAGGAGAGGUAUGCAGCAAUUGCACCCGGGUCUUCGUAGAAAAGCCACUGCUAGAAGAGUUUCUCGAUCACCUGGUGAAGGCCACCAAGGAGCUCAAAAUUGGUGACCCCGCUGACCCAGAGACCACUGUGGGCGCAACCAUCAGCGCUGAGCAUGCGGCACGAGUCCAGUCCUACAUCGAAGGUGCUAAAAAGGAGGGAGCACGUGUGCUGUGCGGCGGAGAGCGGGUGAGUCCUGCCAACCCAGACCUGUCUGGGGGUUUCUACCUCAGCCCCUGUGUACUAGCUGACUGCACUGACAGUAUGAGAGUCAUGCAAGAGGAGGUGUUUGGUGCAGUGGUGAGCGUCUCUGCAUUUGGCACCGAGGAAGAAGCUCUGCGCCGAGCCAAUGGCAGCCCCUUUGGACUGGCUGCUGGAGUCAUGACUAAAGACCUGAGGAGAGCCCACCGAGUAGCAAACAAGCUUCAAGCUGGCAUCGUCUGGAUAAACAACUACAAUGUGUUCCCACCAGAGGUGCCCUUUGGAGGGUACAAGAUGUCAGGAUACGGACGAGAAAAUGGCUUGGCAGCACUGCAAGCCUACUCCCAGGAGAAGACAAUCUAUGUAGAAAUGGGUGACGGUGUGGACUGUCCACUUUACAAGCUCUGAAUGAAAUGCAGCCGUGCCAGGCUCAUGCAGUUAUGCUUUCCUAUUAAACAUUACAGAUGACUUGUGGAGGUUCAGUGCACUGUGCAUGUCCUUGCAUCCUGGUGAUCCAACAUUUUAAAUUGUGGCUCAAUUGACAGAAUCCCAAGCAAUUUAAAUAAAAUGGCUUGGUUUGUUAAUUAAGAUAAUGCACGAUAAGCCAUGCAGGAGUGCCCAACAAGGUUGGAAUUUUGUAUUGUCUGUAAAUAAAGAUGCGUUGAACAGUACUUGUUGAAUUGACAUUUUUCCUUUGUCAAUGCUGUCUCACUCUGUGUAAUUGUGUUCUUCUUUUGUGCUGCUGCUCUAGGUGUGGCAUUCAAUUACUGUGUGGUGCAGUCACUGAAUUUCAUUUGGCAUUGCUAGCAAACAGCACAUCAUAAUUUUCCCAGUGAUUAAUGCAGCAGAAUGGUUCUCGGAGGAAAUUGGAACAGAAAUUUGGUAUAAACGACCAGUGGCGCACCGACGGGGGGGGGAUUCGGGGGUUGUAACCCCCCCCUGAGGCCCACUUAGCCCCCCUUUUUGUUUAAC